AUGUCGUUUCUCCUACGGUGCCCUAACAGCUUCUUCUGGGUGCUGUCGAGGCACAUUAGCUUGCAUCACCUCAACACUGGAAAUUCAUUCAAGACAUUUUUCUGGGCUCUCUGGUGGCCGCUGUUUGGAAUAAUCCUACUUUUCUCUCCAGCACAUUGUUCUGUCUUUAAAAUUGGACUGCUUGGACCCUGGAACUGUGACCCCUUCUUUUCCAAAGCCUUUCCCCAUGUGGCUGCCAGGUUAGCUGUGGGACGAAUAAGCCAAGAUCCUUCACUAGAUCUUGGCCACAGGCUGGAUUAUGUGAUCUUGCAAGAAGAAUGUGAGGCACCAAGAGCUCUGGUUAGAUUCAUUGACUUUGGAAAGCUUUCCUCAGCUUUCAUAGGCCCUCUGAACCCUGGCUUCUGUGAGGUGGCUACACAUUUAGGGGAAAACUGGAAUAAAGCUAUCUUCUCAUGGAUGUGCAACAAUUAUAAGCUGGAUUCCACCAUCCACCACCCUGCAUUUGCAAGGACUCUGCCCUCUCCAACCCACGUUUUGUUUACAGUAAUGAAAUAUUUUAACUGGGCUCAUGUUGGAAUCAUUGCGUCCUGUGAGGAUAUUUGGAUGUACACAGCCAACGAGUUAGCAACUGCGCUCAGGAGUCAGGGGCUACCUGUAGGCAUUGUUACAUAUGUGCAUAAAGGAGAAAAAGGCAUUGAAGACACUUGGAACAAGAUUAAAGAAGUUAAUGAUGUCAAAAUCCUGUGCAUGCAUUCUGUUCUCAUCGGAGGGGAGGAACAGGCCACCUUACUUACAAAAGCUCUGGAAAUGGGACUAGCAGAUGGAAGAUACAUCUUUGUUCCAUAUGACACUUUACUGUACAGUCUUCCUUACCAAAACAACUCAUUCAAUGUCUUUGAUAAUGACAGCAAGCUCCAAGAAGCAUAUGAUGCUGUGCUGACUAUCACACUGGAGUCUGGAGAAAGGACUUUCUAUGAAGCAUUCAGCGAAGCUAAAGAAAGUGGUGAAAUAACCAGGGAUUUGGAAGCCACACAGGUUUCUCCACUCUUUGGAACAAUCUAUGAUGCUAUUUACUUCAUGGCAAUGGCUAUAGACAGUACCCGGAAGAAAGGAGGCAGAGCCUCCGGAGCUAACAUAGCUGAACACACAAAAAACUUCAGUUUCCCUGGAUUUACUCACCAGGUAGAGACAGACAGCUGUGGGAAGGGGCUCAGCAACUAUGUGAUACUGGACACAGAUGGUCAUGGGAACCAGCUUUUCCCAACCCACAUGCUGGACAUGUCUUCAGACUCCGUGUUGUCCCUAGGCCAGGCCAUCCACUUUCCCAACGAAGUUCCACCCAAGCCAGACUCCAGCUGUUGGUUUGAUCCAGAUGUUCUCUGCACUGAAGGGAUUGAGACUGAAGUAAUUACAUUGGGAGUAAUGCUGAUAUUUGCCCUGGUGGUGUGUGCUGUGGGCCUGGCUUCUCUCAUCAGGCAGAGUAUCUUGAACAAUCAGCUUUUCAAGGGUCCGAACAAGAUAAUAGUGACCUUGGAUGACCUCAUCUUCAUCAACCCAGAGUUACAUAGGAAGAGGCUGACCUUGGACAGUCUGGCUGAUGCAAACAGCAUAGCAGUCAACUGCAGAAGCCUGAAAUCUGUAACCCGCUCCUCUUCCUUGAAAAGCACAGUUGCCACCCACGAAACCUCCAAUGUGGCUUUGUAUGAGGGAGACUGGGUGUGGCUGAAAAAAUUUGAGACGGGAGUGAUUCACAAUCUGCGGCAAAGCUCCACCAGCAUCUUAAGGAAGAUGAAAGAUCUGCGUCAUGAAAAUGUGAAUCUGUUCCUGGGCUUUUUCUCUGACUGUGGCAUCUUUGCCAUAGUGACAGAGUACUGCUCCCGAGGAAGCCUGGAGGACUUGCUGAGAAAUGAAGAUAUGAAACUGGACUGGAUGUUCAAGUCCUCUCUUGUGAUGGAUCUAAUUAAAGGAAUUAGAUAUUUGCAUCACAGAGAUUUUGCCCAUGGACGUCUCAAGUCUCGUAACUGUGUUGUGGAUGGCCGGUUUGUGCUGAAGAUCACCGAUUAUGGUUAUAACGAGCUCUUAGAAGCACAGAAAUGCCCCUAUAUUCAGCCAUCCCCAGAAGAAUUGCUCUGGACAGCUCCUGAGUUACUGAGGGACCCAGACAUGCGCAGAAAAGGCACAUUCAAAGGGGACAUUUACAGCUUUGCAAUCAUCCUACAAGAAGUGGUUGCUCGGGGUCCACCAUACUGCACAUCAGAACUCUCAGCUGAAGAAAUUAUAAAGAAAGUGAAGAAGCCCCCUCCUCUGUGUCGCCCAAACAUAGCCCCUGAGGUGGCCCCACUGACGUGCCUCCAGGUAAUGAAGCAAUGCUGGGCUGAAGCACCUGAACGACGUCCAACCUUUGAGGAGAUAUUUCAUAAGUUCAAAACAAUCAACAAAGGGAAAAAGACCAAUAUUAUUGACUCAAUGCUCAGGAUGCUUGAGCAAUACUCAAGCAACCUGGAAGAUUUAAUCAGGGAGCGGACCGAAGAGCUAGAAAUUGAAAAACAGAAGACAGAAAAACUACUGUCACAAAUGCUUCCCCCAUCAGUGGCAGAAGCUCUCAAGACUGGUGGCACUGUGGAACCAGAGUAUUUUGACCAGGUGACUAUCUACUUCAGUGACAUCGUGGGCUUCACAUCCAUUUCAGCCCUCAGUGAGCCCAUUGAAGUAGUUGACCUUCUGAAUGACCUUUACACACUGUUCGAUGCUGUUCUUGGAAAUCAUGAUGUUUACAAGGUGGAGACAAUUGGUGAUGCCUACAUGGUUGCUUCAGGACUACCAAAACGGAACGGGAACAAGCACGCGGCUGAGAUAGCCAAUAUGUCCUUGGACAUCCUCAGUUCAGUAGGAACAUUCAAAAUGAGGCAUAUGCCAGACAUUCCCCUCAGGAUACGAAUUGGCCUGCACACAGGGCCUUGUGUGGCAGGCGUGGUGGGGCUGACCAUGCCACGGUACUGCCUCUUUGGAGACACGGUGAACACAGCGUCACGGAUGGAGUCCACAGGCCUGCCUUACAGAAUUCAUGUCAGCCAAAGUACAGUGGAUACACUUCGGAGUCUGAAUGAAGGCUAUGAAAUCAUACCUAGAGGGAAAACAGAACUGAGGGGUAAAGGAGUAGAAGACACAUAUUGGCUGGUUGGGAAAAAAGGCUUUCUGAAGCCCUUACCUAAACCUCCUGAAAUAAAGCCAGGGUAAGUAGCUCAUGGGUUACUCCCGGAAGAAAUUGCAGAGUUCAAAAGGAGGAAAGCUGAAAAAGCCUUGGCAAAAGGGCCUAGAUCUGAGCCACAACUGGCCAGAUGUACUGACUAGGAAACUCAAAUCUGUCCUGAGGGACACAAAGAGAACACUAACAAAAGCAACCUUUAAAGAGCUGGGGAACAUGAAGGAGUCUGAUAUAAGUUUCGAAGAGGAUGAAAUUUGAG